GAAUCAUAUUACCAUCGCCACACAACCACCCCCACAGCGACUACACCAUCAUUACUACCAAUAUCCCUACCACCAGCAUCACUACUGCAUUGACAAUAAUCACAACACCAGCAUCUCCACUGCAGUACCACACAGUCACCAGUAUCACUGCCACCUGACCACCACUCCACAACCACCACACCACUAACAACAACCACAAUACCACUGCCACAUCAACACUACCAACAACCACCAUAGUAUUGCCAUACCACCACCAUCAACAACAACAGCACCAUACCACUAUUAGCAAUCACAUCACAAUAAACAACAAAACUAUUGCCAUCACCAACACAUCAUCUCUAAUAUCACUACCACCACCACUACCACAUUAAAAGACCACUAAAUACCACUACCAUCAUCACUACAGCAACCGGAACAGAAACAGCAGCAUCAACCAAUCGAUGCUAUCACACAUAUUGUAUUUUCAAUGUGUUGCUUCCCCCUGGGCUGGCUCACAUCACUGUACGUAAACUGUGGAGUUACAAGUUGGGUGAAUGUUACACUCUCCAGGAGAUAACAAUGUUUUAUCGGUCCCUUGUACAAAUGAAGCAUUAGACUGUAAAGGUUGCAGUAGUCCAUCAACAGGCUUUUACAUUCACUAUGUCACUCCUAUAAAUAGGGAGUCAAAAACAUAAUAUACAACAUUAAUUUGGUUUAUUGUUAUUGUUAUUAUCAAGAAUUAUGCAGAUGUUAAAAGCAUCAAAGGAUCGGUCGGUGCGACUUCGAGUGAUGCCAGAGCAGAGCAACGACUACAGAGUGGUCGUGUUUGGUGCAGGAGGUGUGGGUAAGAGUUCCCUCGUCCUCAGAUUUGUACGGGGGACAUUCCGUGAAAGCUACAUUCCAACAAUUGAAGACACUUAUCGUCAAGUUAUCAGCUGCAACAAACAAGUGUGCACGCUGCAAAUCACGGACACAACGGGCAGCCAUCAGUUCCCCGCCAUGCAGCGCCUAUCCAUUUCAAAAGGACACGCCUUCAUUUUGGUCUACUCUAUCACAAGCAGGCAAUCGCUGGAAGAGCUUAAGCCGAUAUUCAGUGAAAUCACGGAGAUCAAAGGAGACGUCGACAGCAUCCCGAUCAUGCUGGUGGGCAACAAGUGCGACGAGACCAGUCGUGAGGUGACUCAGAACGUAGGAGCUGAACUGGCCAAACGCUGGAACUGUGCCUAUCUCGAAACUUCAGCAAAGACAAAUCACAAUGUGAAGGAACUAUUCCAAGAACUGUUGCAGUUGGAGAAGAGACGGACCAUGAGCCUGCAACUGGAAACAAAGAAAACAAAAUCCCAGAAACGCAAGGAGAAGUUAAAGGGGAAAUGUGUUGUCAUGUAAAACAACACAACAACAAAAACAAAUGAUGCAAAACACAAUAAAGAACAAUAAGAUUAUGUAUGUGGUAUAUAUAUAUAUAUAUAUAUAUACACACAUACAUACACACACACACAUG